CCGCACUGAAUUUUGGCUGAUCCGCACCCGCCCCGCAUAAAAAUCACUCAACCCGCACCCGCACCCGCGAACCAAAUUUUUCAAAUCACUCGAUCCGCACCUGCCCCGCAGCGGAUCAAAUGGGGCGGGGCCCGCGGAUAAUGAUUCAUAUUCCCAGCACUACCUGUGUGUAUGUAUGGUAGAGUCGAGUAGUCAAACGCAACGCGUCCACAGGGAGUUCGUCCUGCGGUGCACGUGGCUGUCUUGUCGUUAAAACGCAUCGUUUUAACUUUCAUAUUUUUAUUUUUAUUUCUCUCGUUUACCCCCGCCCAAAAAAACCCUACCCGAGGAAAAAUAGGUAGAAAUUAAAGAAAAAAAAAAGGAAGAAAAAGAAGAAAGAAUAAAACGCUUAGUCUCUCCGGCGACUUUAACCGUACCUCAGAAUCAAAUUAGGGCACAGAGACCUCUCGGAGACAGAAGCUAUGGGAAGAAAAAAACUAGAAAUCAAGCGAAUCGAGAAAAACAGUAGCAGACAAGUCACCUUCUGCAAACGACGCAACGGUCUCAUCGAGAAAGCUCGUCAGCUUUCUGUUCUCUGCGAGGCAUCUGUUGGGCUUCUCGUUGUCUCCGCCUCCGACAAACUCUACAGCUUCUCCUCCGGGGAUAGACUGGAGAAGAUCCUUGAUCGAUAUGGGAAAAAACAUGCUGAUGAUCUCAAUGCCCUGGAUCUUCAGUCAAAAUCUCUGAACUAUAGUUCACACCAUGAGCUACUAGAACUUGUGGAAAGCAAGCUUGUGGAAUCAAUUGAUGAUGUAAGCGUGGAUUCCCUCGUUGAGCUAGAAGAUCACCUUGAGACUGCCCUCUCUGUAACUAGAGCUCGGAAGGUACAUCGACUCUAUAAUGUGUUCUCUUUGUUUACUUUGUUUGUCGAAAACGAUUGUGCACUUAUAUUUAAUUUGUUGCAGGCAGAACUAAUGUUAAAGCUUGUUGAAAGUCUCAAAGAAAAGGAGAAUCUGCUGAAAGAAGAGAACCAGGUUUUGGCUAGUCAGAUUGAGAAGAAAAAUCUUGAGGGAGCCGAAGCUGAUAAUAUAGAGAUGUCAUCUGGACAAAUCUCCGACAUCAAUCUUCCUGUAACUCUCCCGCUGCUUAAUUAACCACCUUUACUCGGCGGUUAAUCAAAAUAAGAAACAUAUAAUCUAAAGAUAACCUAUGUAGGUUUUACUUUUCGCAGCUUAAUUAACCACCUUUACUCGGCGGUUAAUCGAAAUUAAAAACAUAUAAUUAACAAAUAACCUAUGUCAGUUUAACCCCCUGAUAAAGAUGCACGUUGUACAUCUUAGUUCUCUCUCUGGCUGAGGGGCUGUGUAAUAACUAUGCUUAGAUUAAAUAAAAAUAUAUAUCUAUUUAAGACAA